AUGCUGAAGAAAUUGGUCGAGCAGCCAGAUGUUUGCCUGUCGCAGGCAAACCCAAGGCAGGAGAAAGGUGGCGAGGGGCGACGACGGCGGCGGCGACACGUGUGGCAGGAGGGUGGCAGCGACGAAAAGAGGAACGACAGCAAGGCCACAAAGGGCAGCAAGUGUGGAAGGAGCAAGGGGGACAUCAGCAGCGGGCGGACCCUUAAGGACUGUGGCGGCUUGCCCGGCAGGGUGGGCGGCAGGCUGUCCGUUGGGUGGGUUCCUGCAGGUGGCGCUCCGGACUCCGGCUGUACGCUACCACCAGCAGCAAGGAUGCCACCGCCAGGCUCCGUGCAGACCCCGCAAGAGCUGUUGCCCCAUUCGGCAGGGCGGGAAGCAUGCUGCCGGCUGGUAGCCCGCUGGCGAAGCACCAAGUCCAGAUGCAUGUCCCGUCGUGUCGAUAUAGAGCUCGAUGCUCUCAGUAGCUGCGUGUAG